AUGAAUUGCACUUAUCAUAUUCAAAAUCCCAUCAUUUUGAUAUGUGUGGCUCCUCACAAGUGCUAAUGUUAAAGGAAACUUUGUGUGAAAUGCCAAUAUGAGCAUGGAGUGGAUUUGAAAUAUACGAUUCCAAUCGAUAUAUUUUAAGAAAAGGCAAUCAAUAAAUUAAAAGACUCAAAGACUAAUGAUAUAUCUGAACUAUCAAAAUAAAGAAUGGCCUUUAAAUCCUUACUCUCUCAAACCGAACAAUUGAUGAAGAAAAUUUGGGAGGAGUUGUCACAAUCAAUCAAAUAAGUAUAUGAUUAGAUUGAAAAGGAAAACUAAUCAUACUUAAACCUAAUCAAUAAAGAGACAAAUCUAGCUGAAUCUUCUUACACUGAUAUAGAAAAAUUAGUAAACAUUGUAGAAGGAUCAACUUUAAAUGAUUGGAAUGCUGAGAAGAGUUCUUAAAUGAAAGAAUUAGAGAAGACCAUGAGUUGGUGGGACCAACAUAUAAAGGCUUUUAUUGAGAAGUCUAAUUAUGGAAUCCAAUAGAUCCAAUCAUUAAUUAAGUAAGGUUUAUAAAUCUUAUCUUUAGGGAAGAUGAAGAAGAAGUUUAUUAAAUGAAGGAAGAUCUUUAUGAGAUGCUAACCUACAUCCAGGAUAUAGAUGAAUCUCUGUAUUAGAAGAUCCUUGAUAUACUUAGAAAAUAGAAAGUUUCAGACAUUAUUGGAUUCCUGUCGAAGACAAACAAUAAUCAGUUUUAUGAAUCUUUAAACUACAAGUAAGAGAAUAUUAGGGAAAUCAAGAAGUAAGUAAAGAAAAUAACUAAUUUCUUGAGGAAUAUUUAGAAUCAUAAAUUUAAUAAAGAUGACUAUUCUCAAGAAACAUAUGAAAAGGAAAGAGCGGAUCUGGUCAAUAUGAUUAAGGAUAACAAAAGGAUCACAGAAUUCAUCAAAUUUUUAGUACGAAUAACAAGCAUAGAUGUAAAUUUUAUUCAAUCAGGAUCAAAUGGACUUAGUUUAUUAGUGGACAUGAAGGUUGAUCUUAAAAACAAAUCAUUUGAAAAUAUCAAAAUCAAGAAUACUUCUUUAAUUGGAGGGAAUUUUGUAAGAUGCAACUUGAGU